AUGGCUAUCAACGCGAGCGAAGACACCGAGUUCAACGAGGCGCUCCGGAAACACGGCAUUCUGCCUGCACUUCCGCCGACCCCGCGCACACCUUCGCCUUCUCCCGCGCCGACGCUCGACGAGAAGUAUGCUCACUACACCGCCGCGCAGCUGCGCGAACUGGCCGCGGAGGCCCCUGACGAUGAGACGGAGCGGAUCCUCGAAGUCAUGAGACGGAGGAAAUUACAGGAGACACGCAAGAUGGAGCAGGCGCGUUUUGGGAGGGUGUACCCCAUCUCGCGAGAAGACUACACACGGGAGAUCACCGACGCGAGUCAAGUGAACGAGGAGGGCGACGAACAGCAGAGAGGAACGGGUGUAGUGGUCUUCCUUUACAAGGACGGGAUCCCGCAUAGCAAUCGUGCUGCGGAAUUCGUACGAAUCCUCGCGCAGAGGCACCCACACACGAAGUUCGUCUCGAUUGUCGGCGACAAGUGCAUCCCCAACCUUCCCGACGCCCGGCUGCCCAUGUUCAUCAUUUACCGGAAGGGAGAGGUGCUCAACCAGUUUGUAGCUUGGGGCGCCGACAGGGAGCGCAAGAUUGAGGAGCUGGAAGCCGUGCUCAUCCUCGCCGGUGGGAUCAUUCCGCAGCAGAGGUUACCACCCUCGGAGCGGGAUAGCGACGACGACGCCUCCGACCUGGAGGAAGAGGACGAUGACCCAUCGUCGCACAUGCAGUCCGCAGCCACGAGCACAAACGCGAAGGCACCGAAGAACCUGAGACAGAAGGAGGACUCGGAUUCGGACUUCGAGUUUGACCUGUGA